GGAGCAAGAACAAUAGCCUAACCUGACUUUGUCCCGGACAUCCACACACCUAAUCUUACCCACGGCGACUGGCCACCGCGCUCCUGCGCCGUGAAAGCACCGCGCCUGCAGUUCAAUGACACCUCCAGCCGGUUAAAAUCGAUAUUACCGACGUGAUUCUUUUUCUUGAUAAAUAGCAUGAACCAAACAUAUGUACCGGGUAGAUAUGAACAAUUAAACUGUCCGAUUUGCCACAGGAAGACACAGGAGGAAUCGGUCGAGGGGAAAGCAGAGAUGGAGCUCAUUUGCCAUGUCUAAGACAGCGGUGAAGAAGCUGCACUGGCGCUCCAAGGUGCAGGAGAGCUUCGUUCCCUUGCUGGGAUCUUCAGGUGAUUUGGGGGUGGCCAUCGGCGGAGGAGCAGACUAUGGAGAGUUUCCAUUCGUCACUUCGGCUCCAGGGGGCGGACUCACAGUGGGUGAUGUCAUCCUAGAGAUUGGGGGAACACCUGUAUUAGGGAUGACACUGGGAGACGUCCGAGGUGUCCUCAACUCCUGCCCCCAUCCCAUCCGCAUCAAGACUGUGUCACCAGGCUCCACAUUGUGCAAGGAUCUCAGGUUGUAUCUGAGUAAGUGCUUCACGCCCGGCUCCAUGGACAGCCAGCUGCAGCAGGUCAUCCGAGAGAACCUCUACCUCCGUGCUGUACCUUGUACGACCAGACAGCCCCGGGACGGGGAAAUCUCAGGGGUAGACUACAACUUUGUCUCUGUAGAGGAGUUUUUCUCCUUGGAGGAGUCAGGAGCGUUGCUUGAAAGUGGCAAAUUUAAAGGGAACUACUACGGCACGCCUCGGCCGGUGCACAUCAGCCCGGAGAGCCCCCCCAUCACCUACCAGGAGCACCGCAACCUGCUCAGAAACUUCCGUACACGCAGCAAAUCACUCAGCAACCUGGAGAAGGCCGCAGAGGAUGGCGAGAACAGCGAGGAAGACUCAGGCCUGUCAGGAGGGUCUGCAGGUGUCAGCAGCGGUGUCCCACCUGUCCACCAGUCUCCCGGCCGGCCCCGGAGGUCCAGUGGAGGGGAUGGUAGUGCCGUGGAGAGCAGUGUCAUUGGUGGUAGGGGUGGCACCAGACUGAGAGCUUUGAUGGCUGAUCGCUGGGAGCAGGCCUUCAGUGACCCGGGAGAACCUUACUACAUAGAUCACAACCCCAAGAGUAGCAGCUGGCAGACUCGUCGAGCUUCAAGCAGGGACACAGUCUACAAAAAUGAAUGGUUCACAGACCAGCCUGGGGAGCUCAGGGGUUUCCCUGUCCACACACACCUGUCCAAGGGCUCCAGAGGGUUUGGCUUCAAUAUCGUGGGAGGCAGCAGACCCAGAGAGUUCCUUCAGGUGUACAGUGUGACUCCGGGGGGGCCGUCAGCACUCAGGACAGCGGACAUCCUGGUGUACAUCAAUGACGUCUGUGUGUUGGGAGUGUCUCACAAAGAAGUGGUCGAGAUGCUCAAGUCAGUGCCUGUGGGCCACAGUGUGGAUGUCGAGGUCAGGAGGGGGUAUCCCAUGCUCUACAACCCUGACGGUUGUCCCAAGCAGCCCCCGCCUGAGCUGCCAGACAGUGGAGACCCCACCCUACCACCCACUACCACCCAGCCUCAGCCCCUCCGCCACCGCCUACCUCGCCUCCCAACACCCACUCCCCAGACCCAGCACCAUAAUCUCAACGGCACCCACAGCGACGGGAACUACAUGGAACCAGGGGCGGUGCUGGACGCCAAUGGAAACGCCACCUCUGUCUCUCCCAGACUGCCACCACCAUACAGACGCUCAAGUCUGAGCAACGCUGCCUCCUCUCCCCCUGUGCGCCCCCCUCGCUCCCUGAGGAGUUUAGCAAGGCUGCAGUCGCUUGACCCAAUGCUGGCCAGCCAGAGUGACAGUGAGGUCGUGUCUGCCAUUGGUUCACACAGGGCAUCUAUGAUCCGUAAUCACAACAACAACUCUCUGUCAACGCCCCCUCACCCUUUACGAUACGGCACCUCCAAGUCUUCUGAGAGCGACUUGUCCACCUGCACCCUGCCUGGAUCCCGGCUGCCGCUGCCCCAGUCACCUCGGAGGCCCUCGUCCUCCCCAGGUGGCCCACGCAGCGCUUACUCCCGCCUCUUUAGACCCCAGACCUCCCACCUCAGACCACCACUGACUCCUGACAGCCCCCACCACCGUGGCUUCAACGGUUUCCAGGGCAACACCAGCCCCAGCGCCAGCCCCAGCAACAUGUCGUCUCCAGGGGCGGUGAGUCUGGGCAGUGCAGUUGGGAGCUGGAGCGGAGGGGAGUUGGUACCGGUGGCCUUGGCCCAGUGCGAAGGAGACAGAGGGCUGGGCUUCAGUGUGACAGCUGCAGGCCCAGGAGGAAGGAUGACUGUGGUGAAGAGGGUGUGGGACAGGAAGCAGUGCAACUCUCUACAGCCAGGGGAUGCUAUUGUCAAAAUCAACGGAGCUGAUGUCCAGAGUCUCAGCUUUGCACAGGUACAAAGAAUUCUCCAGGAACAUACCAAACAGGGAGAGGUCGUGUUAUUGGUUUACAGGGGAGGCACCUAUCAUUCCUGCAUCUCCCCCAGCUCUGUCCGGAGAGUUCCUCCGCCUCUGCUCCACCCCCCUCCUCCACCUGUGGCCUCUGACAACUCCUCCCCACCCCUAGAGAACCUCCCUCGGCCCCGCACCUCACUCAGCAACCCGCCAUCUCCGGCCCUGGCCCGUAGCUCACUGGUCCAGAGCACCAGCUUCUUGGAGUCGAUUCCAGUGACCCUCACCAUGGAGCCCAAAGACUGGCUGAACACAGGCCUGGAGGAUGAGGUGGACAGCAGCAUGGCUCCCGACUCCCGACAGGACAGGCAGGGUGUGGAACGAGCGCGGCUUCCCCGGGGGUUUGAUGUGGAACUGAAGAGAAAGCCGGGAGAGGGUUUCGGGUUCGUCAUCGCUUCUCAGGAUGUGGAGAACGGCAAAGCUGCUUCCCUUCUCCCACACCGCUUUGUGACGGUGCGCCGAGGCAGCCCGGCGGCCAGGAGUGGUCAGAUCCGUCCCGGUGAUCGAUUAGAGGCGGUAGAGGGACGCUCGGUGGUGACCCUGCCUCAUCGGGAACUCGCUCACAUCCUUCGCCGAGCUGGGAACACCCUCCGCCUCACCAUCAUCCCCCGGCCCAGUACCUACUCUUCAAGUCUCUCUGAAUCUACCGACUAUGACCCCAAUCACAGAAGCAGGAAGGGUCAUAGGUCGCGCCCAAAGCAUGACGCCAGGUAUUACAGUGUCGAUCUGGACCGCGGCCCCACGGGGUUUGGCUUCAGCCUGCGAGGGGGCAGUGAAUACAACAUGGGCCUCUACGUCCUGGGGCUGAUGGAGGGCGGGCCUGCUUCACGGAGCCACAAAAUGCAGGUGAGUGAUCAGCUCGUGGAGAUUAAUGGGGACAGCACAGCGGGGAUGACCCACAGCCAGGCCGUGGAGCAGAUCCGCCGAGGGGGCCACCGCAUCCACCUGGUCCUCAAGAGAGGGAAUGGCUACGUGCCUGACUAUGGCCGUGAGCACAGAGUCACCUCCCCCUCCCCCCCGCAGCACCCCAAGGAGCAGGGUUUGGCUACAGUAGGCCCCACCAAGCGGAGGGGGCGCAGCUCCAAGCAGAAGAAGAGGAGCAGGUCUUCAGAAGGACGGGACAAAGGGAGAGGAGGGGGGAGGAGAAGGAGAAGACAGGCCUCGGAGGGAGACAGAGGCCCAGAGGUGCAGAGCCCAGACUCUGAACCGGAGGAAGGGGAGGGCAGACGGGGCAAGAGGUCUCAGGUGGCCAGGGACAGGAGGAGGAGGAAAAGAGUGUCUCAGAGUUUACCCAGAGACGCCCUCAGGAAUUCAGAUGAUAGCGACGUGCGCAGAGGGACAGGGAGGGGGAGGAAGAGGGAGAGGGGGGAGAGUGCUGACAGGGAAAGAAGCAAGAGUGAGGAGAGGGAGAGGAGAGCAGAGAGUGACGAGCCUACGCAGGAAGAGGAGCAGAAACAGGAGGAGGAGGGGGAAAUUGUUGAGGAGAAGGUAGAGGAAGAGGUAGAGGAGACGAGCGAGAAUAUAAAUGUAGAGAGAGAAGAGAGGGGAGAGCAAGUUAUCCUUCCCAUUCCUAAUCCUAACCAAAGGCUGCCCGCACCCAAACACAACUGGGAGGAGGAGCAUGAUGGAACCUGGGACAUGGGGGCACAGUACAGGGAACUGCAAGAAGUGAGGGAGUUGGAGAUUGAACAUGCAAGAGAAUUAGAGAGGGCAUGGGAUGGUGACAGGGAUGACAGCAGGGAAGGACCGAGCGAGCAGUGGAUUGAGAGCCAGAGAGAGGAUGAUGCACAGAGUGAGCAGGUCGAGAGGCCGCUGCCGGGCCUUGCUGUAGCAGAUCCGGUGUCACCGAGAAAGCCCUUCUCCUUCCUCACUUCCGCACUGUCCACGGAGCAGCUGGGGGACGGUGAAUCAGAGUCUGGAGGCAGCCACUCUGAUGGCAGCGUGUCAGCUGCCAGUAUCUCAGGCCUCUCCCUGGCUGCUGCAAAGACAGACGAGCAGAGGGCGGCGGUGCUGCCAGGCCCUUGGCUCACGCCCAGCCGGCAGAGGGUGGCUCAGGUCAUAGAGGAGAACAGGCUGCCCGGGAGGUGGACAGGACGGGAAGAAGGAAGAUGCGCUGUCUCCUGACUUUCACAGGACGUAGGGCAGACAGUUGUUGAAUGAUACCGCGUCAGAUUCUGUCAUUGUGAGGGCCCAGCGGUCAGUUUCACACUGUUAUAGCUCUACUUGUUUUCUGCAGCUACCCACACUACCAACACACACGUUUCUCUUGGUCACUUUGAUAUCUACAGUAGUAUAACGUAAUAUUCUUUGUGCCUUUUCACAGCUGACUUCUGGCUGAUGUUAAAUGUUGAUAUUACCUAACCCUAACCCAUUGUCAAUCAUAUUUAUUUCUAAAUGGUGGGGCCAACAUAGUAAUAGGAAGUUUAUUUUACAGUUACAUUGUCUGCUUAAUGAUUCUCUCUUGCCCUCCUUGUGUUGCCAUCCUCUCUUUUCUUUUGCGGCAUUUGUGGUAGACGUUUCCAGGGCACAAAAAGGUAUAGCAGACACCUUGCUUUAACCUACUUCCUGUUCCUCUCUGCCGCUCCGUGGUGAUUUAAGCUCCUUUGGGCAGAGACUCUUCCCCUCUGAAGUCCCCCCUACUGUAGAAAGACUGCAUAGACAUUCACUUAUACCUCAUGAAGAUACUGAGCAAUAAUAAUGCAAUUGUCCAAGACUAUCAGCCAUUUAUAUCCACCACACCAUGUACAUAUGGUUUUGAGAGGAAGGGGUGGUACUAUGUUUGUACUAUAUCUGCUUUGUGUUAUCUUUCCAUGUGGAUGCUAGACUUGUAACGUUGUUCCAUGUAUCAGAUUAUUUGAUUGUGAUGAAUUUCAAUGCAAAUCCUUUUGGACAGCAGGUGUGAAAUCUAUAUUCUGUAAAUAUUUAUAGAGAAAUAAAUGAUAUAACCUAUUGUAAAUGCUAUACUUACUGGAGCCCCUGAUUUGUACAAUUAUAGUGUGAUACAUCAUGAUAAGCCUAUAUACGAGAUAAAACAUAUGCUAUACAUUGAUGUUAUUUAUCAUUGUGUGACAGCGCAUAAAGUGAAAUAUUGAUAUACAUAUAGAGCAUUUGUGGAGGCUUAAAAUGUAAAAACAGAAUAAGACCUAUAUUGUAUCCUGUCCAUGUUUUCAUGAAAUGAAUGUUUUGUAAUAUGCUGCUCAAGUGUGGAUUAGGAUGUUCUGUGUCCUAUGUAACCCUUCUUCAGAAGUCAGCAAAAGAUGCCAAAAGUAUGCAUCCAGUUUGCAUAUUUUCCAGUACUGUUAAUAUUGUGUAUCUGGGGUGAGAACAAAACCACUAUCUAGAUUCUAGAAAGUGCUGUGCCCAUAGUGCCACGUACAGUUGCCUUGGUAACACAAACCAUUUUAACCUAACCACUGAUUUUUCUUACUGUGAAAGCCCUUGCUCUGAGGUCUCUAAUGCAUGAGAGGUGGGUGGGCCAUUUAGUCAUUUCACUCAUGCCAUGAAAGGCUCCUACUGUAAAUCCACAAAAAUAACAUGCAAAACCCUGAGCUCAGCCUCGCAUCGGAGAUGACAAAAUAGCACAUCGUUUUGCUUUGCUCUCUUUUUUAAGAUUCUGUUUUGGGAAACGGGAGCCAAUCUGUCUUAGGCGGAUACUGUGAGAUGUUAUUUUUCUACAAAACUGUCUUUGAUGUACUCAGGUUUUCAGAUACUUUGCUCUAGAUAAGCCAUUAGGAAGAAAAGCUACAGAGUGACUUCACACCACUUUCAUACCGCAGAAUUGAUUCUAAUUAUUUUAAAUGCAGAGGCCAUACUGUGUUGAUUUUUAGUUUUGUGGCAGCGUUAGGAGACCCUCAGACUGAUGGAAGCUUCUGUGCAGCUGUUAUUUGUUACCAGUCCAUAAUUAUCUAAAGGUUAUGAUGCUGUGAGUGAAGUCAUUCCUCUCAUUUUUAUCCAACAUGAGCAAAACAGAGACGUCAAAUGAACCGCUUGAUGUGCCCUGCCUCUUAGUUUUUAAUGCUAUGCUACCCAGAAUGGCAGACAAUAGUAUAGGCCUGCAGUAACCAAACCAACAUGUCUCCAUUCCCCAACCAAUGACCAGUAAAGUGUAGCUUGAUAGCCAAUACGAGACUUAUUUUCUAAUGUUUGCUAAUGUUCUUUUUUAGAUUUUCAUUUCCUAAGGAAGAUAUAUGGCUAUAAACUGUAUAAAAAUUCUGAUUUCAAAAAAAUGCAAAUAAACUGCUGGUGCAAUUUUC